AAGGGGCCAGAAUCGGGGUCGGGGUUUCAGAAAGAGAGGUCGACCAGCAGAUUGAAACACACCGAGAUGGGGCGUCCCCGGAUCCUCUUCCUCGACGCUUACGACUCCUUCUCCAACAACAUCACUUCCUUGCUCACCACCCUCCUGGGCGCCGACGUCUUUGUCCUCCCCAUCGACGACCCCCUCCUCGGAACGCACCCCGGCGGCCACCAUUAUGAUGGCGACGAUGGUGGUGCUGAUGACAACAAGGAUGCGUCGUCGUUGUCGCACGGAGAGCGCCGCGCGCGGUUCGUCGCCGAGCUGAAGCGGUACGAUGCCGUCGUCUGCGGUCCCGGCCCGGGCAACCCGGACACCGAGGCCGACGUCGGGCUCGUCCGCCACGUCUGGCAGCUGGCCGACGACGAGCUGCUGCCCGUGUUCGGGGUCUGCCUGGGCUUCCAGAGCCUGGUGAGCGCCCACGGGGGCCAGGUCCGCCGGCUGAGAAGGGGCCUGCACGGGAUGGUGAGGGAGAUCCACCACCGCGAGGGUGGCGGCGGCGUGGAGGGAGACGUGUUCGCUGGCGUGCGCAGGUUCAACGCGACGCUCUACCACAGCCUCUGCGGCGAUAUCGGGCAGGACGAAGUCGGCGAGGGCGAGUGGGAGGCGGCACGGUGGCGGCCGUCCGCGCGGUGUCCGGAUCUGGUCCCGCUCGCGUGGGUGGAGGAGGAGCGCGAGCAGGGCGAGGAGAAGGAGAGGAUAUUGAUGGCGGUCAAGCACAGGACCAAGCCGUUCUGGGGCGUCCAGUACCACCCAGAGUCGGUCUGCACGGAUGAGGAAGGGAACAAGGUCAUCCUGAACUGGUUCCGAGAGGCGCAGAAGUGGAAUCGGGAGAAAGGGAGGGUGGCGCUGUCGGAGGGACACGAGCUCGCCAGGGCCGCGACGAAGCCGAGCCUCCUGUCGCAGCUGAAGCUGCGGCCGACGGAGCAGGACGCCCCCCGGUGGUGGGAGCUGCUCGAGACGAACCCCACGCUGCACUCCCUGAUGGUCCCCCUCCCUGCCGGAGUCCAGGUGCCGGAUAUAGUCGAGGCGGUCGAUUCCGGGUGUGCGGAGCGGAUUGUCCUCGAUUCGGCCAACGCCGCCCCCGCUAGUUCGAGAGCCGAUGUGCGUGGGAGGUAUAGCAUCAUCGCAGCAAAGCUUGACGAGAGUCUGCAUGUCGAAUAUCACGUUGGCGACCCGUACGCGACCAUCAAGAUCCGGUCACUCGGGGGUUCGUCUGUGAACCUGUCGGAGAAGAUACCGCUCGAGCCGUCCGGUGGUGUCUGGGGACUGCUAGCUGCGUUCCACGAGAAGCGGCGCGUGCCGGCUGCCGAACCAGCUCACACGCCUUUCGUCGGUGGCUUCAUGGGCUACAUCACGUACGAACAGGGCUUGAGCGACAUCGGCAUCUGCCUGGGACAAGACCGCUCGCACCACCGGCCAGACGUCUCGCUGGCCUGGGUCACUAAGAGCAUCAUCGUGGACCACCUACAGCAGGUGAUUCACGUUCAGCAGCUGAGAUCCGGUCACCUGGAGACGACGGACACUUGGAUAGACAAGACAGCAGCCAAACUACGGGCUCUCCAAGACUCUCCACGUCGGCCGUCUUUCAACUUAUCGGCAGUGCCCCCCUCGUUGUCAACCGUGGGAACGCGCCGUCCCUCGAUGAGCGCUUCGAUCAAGCCGCCCCAGACAAAAGAGUACGAAGCCAAGGUUAAGACCUGCCAAGAAUAUAUCGCGGCCGGCGAGUCCUACGAGCUCUGCCUCACCGACCAAACCACCAUAACCCGCCCCAUUAGCGACGUUUGGACUCAGCUAGCACCCGCUAAUCCGCUCCCAUCUUCACCACGCAAGCUGCAGCAGAAGCAACGCUUCCAAUCCCAGCAUAACGGCGCAUUUCUGAACUCUCCGAUCUCUUCUUCUUCUUCUUCCUCCUCCUCCUCCUCCUCCUCGUCCUCCUCCUGGUCGCUCUUCAAACGCCUCCGCAAACACCAACCAGCACCUUUUGCGUCAUACCUCCGCCUCGGCCCCGCUACACUAGUCAGCGCCUCACCGGAGCGCUUCCUGACCUACGACCGUGCCGGGCGCUGCUCGAUGCGGCCGAUGAAGGGGACGGUGCGCAAGUCGGACGAGGUUGCCACUUUGGCGCAGGCCGAACGGAUCCUGCACGUGCCCAAGGAGGAGGCCGAGAACUUGAUGAUUGUCGACCUGGUGCGGCACGACCUGCACGGCGUGUGCGGUGCCGGUCGCGUGACGGUGCCCGAUCUGCUCAAGGUCGAGGAGUACCAGAGCGUCUUCCAGAUGAUCACCGUCGUGGAGGGGCAGCUGCCGCCGAGGCCGGAUGGGCAUGGUGGACAAGAGGAGACGGGGCCGUAUACAGGCCUGGAUGUGCUCGCUGCGAGCUUGCCACCCGGGAGCAUGACGGGUGCGCCCAAAAAGAGGAGCUGCGAGAUCCUAAGGGAGAUCGAGGGCCAUAACGAGCGGGGGCUCUACUCGGGCGUGGUCGGUUACAUGUGUGCCACGGGGAGGGGCGACUGGAGCGUGACGAUCCGUAGUCUGUUCCGCUGGGACGACGAGCAGGUCGUCGUAAACACUGAGGAUGGCCCCGAGACGCACGAGGUGUGGCGCAUCGGGGCUGGAGGAGCGGUCACCAUCUUGAGCACUCCCGAAGGCGAGAGAGAGGAAAUGUUUACGAAGCUCGCUGGUCCGCUUCGGAUUUUUGGCGAGGACCCGUGUCGGUGGUAGGGUUUUCGAAUCGUUUCUGGAUUUUUUUUCUAAGAGGGGAAGGGUCUAGGAAAAUCAUUAAACAGGGGAAAAGAUGACGCUCAACGUGUCUGCCGGCAAUGGCGUUCUUCAAUUACAUCUAGACGGUCUGCACUCAACGGCAGCAAUUUGGAUAAAUAAAACGGCGGUCAACGCGUUGCCCUAUAGAAAAUAAAAACAAAAACAAGAAACGGAGGGGUUAAUUCUUCCCCGGGGACGCUCAUAAAUGCGAGUCUGCGCAGAGCGGACUCCUGCUCCCCAUUAGCUUCCUAUCCCAAACCGUGACAGCUUCUUGAAA